AUGAGGACUGAAAUAAUACUACGCAGACUGAGCCUGGCGACAGGGUCUUUGAUGGCUCUGACUAUGGGUAUACUGUCACUAUGUGUACUAUAUUUCACCGGCAUGCACCUGGGAUGGAUCAACAGGGAGUUGCUAAUUGUGCUUGCGGUGGUAUGUUUUGUUAGUACUGGAUGCGAACUGAUACUGCUCAUACGGAGCUGGUGGCAGCUACUGGUACCGAAUGUUCUGCUAGUAACGGGUGCUACGGUUUACAUGGUGAACUUUCUGGAUAGGGCCCUUGGAAAUAACGUGCAUUUAAGGGACGAAAAACUGUUAAUUAUACAUUUUGUGAUGCUCGUUCUGGUGAUAUUUGUUAGCGGAGUCGUGAUAGGGACGGUGCUAAUUACGAACAUAAGGAAGGAAGUGGUUGGAAAAACUGGAGGUGAUUUGGAGAGAGAUCAGCAUCAUCUCAAGAUUGUGGGGGAGGCUGAGGAAAAGAUCCUCGGGAUGAAAUUUUCUUCCCUGACAUUGACGCCUGAGCUGGACCUUUUACAGCAGAUGCAGGAAAAGAACUGGAUGAAUGAGUGUGUUACGAUCACCUAUGGAAAGGGCGAAUUGGGAUCCACACCUUCCAUGAGCAAGGACGCUAUGGCGUUAACGAGACCAGGCGUCGACCGUCGGGUCAGUUCUGCUUCCAAUGCAAGCAUUCGCUCGUGCAAGCGCUCCGCAGCUGUGACUGCGCCCGUCGUGAAAAAUCGUGUUAUAAAUAGGCUACAGAAUCGCUUGUCAUCCAUGUGGGUUUCAAAGAAAACAGCGCCUCAUGUUCCUAAAGGCAAGGACAUUGAAGCGCGGUACGUAACUCGUCUUUCUAUGAUCCCAAACACACCCAAGACUACUGCUGCGCAAUCAAUAAAAUCCUUCGACUUUACGGACAGCGUGUGUUCUCACUCAAUACCUGUCAGUAUCGCUAAAGGGGAAAUGAGAUCUGACGAAAGUUGCUUAAAUACCUCUAACAUUAGCCAACAAAAGAACGAGGAGGAUCGCUACAGUGAUCUCUUGAUACUGCCUGGCAUGAGGCCUGAUGACUCUUCAUCCUACGAAAUGAUAGACGCGGAAGCAACAACUAAUUUAGAAGAUAUACAUCAAGAUCUGCAUUUAUCCGAGAAACAGGAGCCCGUUAAACAACUACGAGUUACGACUAAUAUUAACCUGGACAAUUGGAAUGGAGUGCAGGGACCAUAUACGGAAGCUGGUAAUUCCAUGCAUGAAAACAAGACCGGUGACUAUGCACUAGACCUAUCAUACCAAAACCCACCGGUCAAACCAAAAGGACUCUCUAGCCCUGCAUUAAAAUUCUGCAAAUUUAGCUUCCCCAAUAAUUCAACGGUAAACUCCACGGCGUCAAUUAAAUCCUUAGAAAUAGACACUGACCCAAUGGAGCUACCUUCUUUCACUGAGGACGGGACUGUUGUUGCAAUUUUAGACAAGGCACUUUAUAAUACCCAGCACGAAAACGAUGUCAUAAUGCAAUGUCUGCAACAAAGCUCUUCAGCACUCGACUACGGAUUAGGGGUUGAUAUGAAUCAAAGACACUCACCUUCAAAAUCGAACUACUCAACCUACAGCAGUAAAUCCCGCAGAAAAUCAGCUAUACACUGCAAUUGCAACACCAGCCACUCUAGGUCAAAUUCAGUAUACUCAGUGUAUAACCCUUCUAGUGUCAUGCAAAGGGCUUCAAACCAAUCUUCUCCUAUAAAGUCCAUUAAGCCGCCGAAACUCGUUCGGAACUUAAGCCACAAGCUUUCGAAAUCAGUACUAAAUCCUAAAAGGGACGGAAAGGAUACUACAGAUUCCGCGAUAGAAACCCCUGAUAGGUUAGUCGAUUUCAGCUAUGUCCAGCAUCUACAGCAUAAACAUUCGCCAUCAAGGUCUAUAAACACCUUCUGCAAUUUUCAUAGACGAGGAAGCAGCACUGUACAAUAUCCAGAACUCUCUACGCUGUCCGGCCUUCAAACUACUGAAACUAAUAAUGAACUCUACAGGGAAACAGCACAUGCUUAA